AUGACGUGGGCGCAACGAUCAGAAGAGUGGAUGUCGGAGAGGUGGGCUAUUGUAAGUAACCGCUACAGGGCAACAGAGAGGGAAGAGAAGGGAAAAGCUACGUCGACACGACAGAACAAUCAAGGCGAGGAGAAGGACCGAAAAGGGCUGCGUCUUGUUAGAUGCGAAGCCGCUGACGAACAGAAACGAGUUCGGCGAAUGGGAGCAAAAUUGAAAGAUUAA